AUGGCCGACAGCGCCCCAAAAGUAGCAGCGCGAGAGUGUCGUGAGGCUCUCGCUGCAGUCAACGAAAAGGCUGAAGCUCUGGCAAACCAAAUCAGAAAAAGCACACACUUAAUCGUCUUCACCGGUGCUGGCGUGUCGACUUCUGCUGGAAUCCCUGACUUUCGCGGCCCCAAUGGAAACUGGACACUGAGAGCCCAAGGCAAACCGCGCACAAAGGCUGACAAUACGCUACAGGCUAUACCCACGGCAUCGCACAUGGCGCUUGUGGAAUUGCAGAAUCGGGGGAUUCUGAAGUAUCUCGUCAGUCAGAACUGCGACGGACUUCAUAGACGGAGUGGUAUUUUGCCUGAGAAAAUAUCAGAACUCCACGGGAAUAGCAACAGAGAGGCUUGCAAGGACUGCGGCAAGGAAUAUAUCCGAGAUUUUCGCGCCGUGGGAAAUUACGAAAACGGGGACCAUGACCAUCGAACAAGCCGCAAAUGCGGCUGUUGCGGCGGCGAGUUGCACGACAGCAUCAUAAACUUUGGCGAGAAUUUACCCGUUCGAGCCCAUAAACUGGCUCGUCAAAAUGCCAAAAAGGCUGAUCUGUGCCUCGUUUUAGGGUCUUCACUGACUGUGACCCCUGCCAAUGAGAUCCCUGAAAUUGUUGGCCGCAAGAAAGGCGCUCAGCUUGCGAUAUGCAAUCUUCAAGAGACGCCCAUUGAUGAGCUGUCCAACUUUCGAAUCUUUACAGAAACAGACAUCCUAAUGACCAAGGUUAUGGAUAAUCUCGAUCUACCAAUCCCACAAUUUAUCCUACAGCGCCGUCUCAUGAUCAAAGUAGAAACCCAAGAUGAAGAUCGACACCGAGUAACCGCAACGGGGGUAGACACCGACAACACUCCGGUGAGCUUUUUACAAACAGUCAAACUCGAGGGUACUAGACGAAUAGCCAGAUCAGAACCGUUUGUGCUUAACGUUCGCGAGACUUUUCAACCGAACGCGCUAUUGAAGCUGGAGCUGGAAUUUAUGGGGCAUUACAGCGAGCCGAACCUCGAGCUGGCUCAUAAGUAUAACGGCGAAGAAGAGGUACUUGAAAGGGAAAAAGCUUUUAGCAUCACAUCUCUACCAGCAGAGCUGUGUCUGCUUAUUCUGAAGGAUCUCUCUUGUCCCCAGGACCUCUCCAGCCUGAUAUUGGCGUUUAAGGUCUGGUACAAGAUAUUCAAUUCCAACAAGGGCAGCAUAAAGUUCCAGAUACUACACAACAUUGCAACCCCUGAAGUGGAAGCCGAUUUCUGCUUGGCGGUUUAUGCGCAACACAUGGUAGACGUAUACCGCCCGCCAUUCAGUGGCAACGAUGCAAGCAUUAGAUUCCAGCUAGAAUGCCUGGGUUUUCUCGAAGAUGCAUUGGAAGGCAAACAACAAAGCCUUUUCGAACUUACUCAAGACUUUCACAUCGACAAGCUUUUGACCACCGCACAGUUCUUUCAUGCCUCCGUCUACUACUACGCUUCCAAGACUCUGAACCGUCUAAAUCAAGCCGAAAGACUAGGAGCUUCCUCGAAAGCAGUACCUUUGUCUUACUUGGAGCAACAGCGCAUCAUGAGGGCCUUUUGCAGACAUGAAAUCUAUGUCAGUCUGCUGCCAUGCUGGAUGUACGUGGACACGCCUGUGCGUGGUUUGCGAGCAUCACAAUCUGCAGAAACCUUUAUCGACCAGUUUAAGCCUUGGGAGAUUGAAGAAAUAGGCUGCGUGGACCAGUUUAUGCAGGAUACUGUCGGCGAGGUCUUUGAAAGACUAGAGGACUGUGUCGUUUCACUGCUUGAGCUAAAGCAAGAUUACCUUCUAGCUAAAGCAGACACCAAACUGCUUUCCCCUGAGGAAAUAGACGCGUCAUACUGGUCGAAGCAGUUCAAAAUAGGAGGUGUUCAGACUCUCCAAGGCAGUUAUGAGCGGGGAUGGCGCUGCCACUACUUUGCUUCGAGAGGGAUCCGCAAUGUAUUCGAAAUGGUCGUGGAUCCGCACUUGAGUAUGAUUCUAGCAUCCCCACAUCCAAACCAGUUGCCACCGCCUCUGUUUGGCACAAGGGAUCCCAUCAAAUUACCAAGAACAUGCAUCGAGCGCGACGGAAAGCCAGAGCUGAGAGAACAUACCAUUGGGUGGUCUUUGGCAUUUGGCGAUAGAACACCUGUUGUCAUGGCCAGAGUAAACAAGCAGCUUAGAAGUUAUGGGUAUGUCUUUUGGGACGACAAACGGGUUCUGGAGCAUGAAACCUUUCAAACACCUCGUGUGCUCCACACGAUCGAUUUGUGCACUGAGAAAGGAUUUUCUAGGACCCAUAGUACAGUCUCUACUGCGCUUGAAGAGAAGAUGAAAAAUGUCAAGUUGCCUCCUCUGGUUGUGGCCGAGGUUUUGGAGAACCUGAGGAUCAACGCGAAACUCGAAGUCGGAAUUCGCGCCAGUAGGGUCAAUCUUAUUUCUGUCCUUGGCUUUGUUCCAACCAAUUGA